CUGGAUAAUUUAGUUGAGCAGAGUUCAGUAGUGUCAUGCGUUGCGGGAAUAAAAGACUGUUAAAUGUCUUAAGAAAUUUUAAAAGAGAAAGUAACGCAGUGAAAAGUUUUACGAAUUGUAAGAAUAGAGAACAAAAGUUGUUUAGCACAAUGGUACAUAACAACAAUUACAAAAUGGACCAGUCAAUAAUACACGAAAAAGAAAUAUAUCCAGAUUUUGUGAAAGGACCUUUGACGGAGUAUAGAAAUCACUGUACCUUUGAUUGGCGUUUGAUGAACCUCAGCUUAUAUGGCGAAGAAUGUGUCAGAUUUAAGAAAACAAUGUCAGAUUAUAUGCAAAAUGAAAAUAUCUUCCAGCAUGUUAACAAAGAGUUAACUUUAGAUGAAUAUAGAAAUUUAACAAUAAAACGAAUGUACACACUCAAGGGUCGAGAUAUUCUACCAAUUUACAAGGUGCUAGAAACUCCAGAACUAUAUCCAAUAUUCAGAGGCCUAUUAUUCUUUUAUGACCCAUCAUUGUGCAUUAAAUUUUCAUUGACUUUUGGAAUGGUUCCAAAUGUUGUCAGGAGCUUAGGAAGCGAAAGAUUGAGUGCGUACGCCUUACAAUUAUAUGAAGGAGAGUAUGCAGGUUGUUUUGCUUUAACAGAAAUAUCCCAUGGAACAAAUACAAAGGGAAUGCGAUGCGAAGCACACUACGAUCCUGAUUCGAAACAGUUUGUCUUACAUACACCAGAUUUUGAAGCUGCCAAGUGCUGGUCUGGCAAUUUAGGAAAGUCGUCAACGCACGCUAUAGUGUAUGCAAAGCUUUUCACUGAAGGCAAAAAUCACGGCUUGCAUCCAUUCCUGGUGCCUGUUCGCGAUCCCAAGACAUUACUGCCUUUUGCUGGUGUAAUAGUCGGUGAUAUGGGAGAGAAAAUUGGCCUACAAGGUAUUGAUAAUGGAUUUUUGUUAUUUGAUAAAUAUCGCAUUCCAAAGGAAAAUCUGCUCUCAAAAACUGGCGACGUCCAAGACGAUGGCAAUUAUACGACACCUUAUAAAGAUCCUUCAAAGAAAAUUGGUGCAAGUUUCGGGGCUCUAAGUGGAGGCAGGGUCAAUAUCGCAGGUAUCUGCAGUAGUUAUUUAUCAAAAGCAAUAAUAAUAGCCAUAAGGUAUUCGGCUGUAAGAAAGCAAUUUGGUCCAUCAGAAGAUAGUGAAUAUCCAGUCAUAGAAUACCAACAUCAGCAAAAUAGGCUCUUUCCUUAUUUGGCGUCAACAUAUGUUCUGAUUAUUGUUACUGAUUGGUUUUGCGCAUUCCAUAUGAAAUAUAGCAAUGGGAUUUUAUCGAAUGAAGAUAAAAAAUUAUCUAAGCAAGAACUGGAUAACAAAAGAGCCGCAGUGGGUAUGGAAAUCCAUGCACUUUCUUCAAGUUUAAAGCCACUCGCGAGCUGGAUUGCGAGAGAUGGAAUCCAAGAAUGCAGAGAAGCUUGCGGAGGACACGGAUAUUUAAAAGCUGCGGCUUUGGGCGAUCUCCGUAAUGAUAAUGACGCCAACUGCACAUAUGAAGGCGAGAACAGUGUCCUUAUUCAACAGACGAGUAACUGGUUAUUGAAUUUAUACAAAACUAAGGAUACAUCAAGCAGUCCUUUGAAAUCUGCAGAUUUCAUAGUGAGAUUAGAAGAUAUCCUGCAAAAUCACGGCAAAUGGACUCCUAGAAAUAUGGAUGAGUGCACGCGAAUUGAGAAUAUAUUAAAUGCAUUCCAAUGGCUAACUUGCUACCUACUAAAAUUAACACAUAUAAAAGUCGAUGAAUUAAAAAAGCAAGGUUGCAGUGCCUUUGAAGCUAGAAAUAAUUCUCAAACAUUCUACGCAGUUACAUUGUCUGUAGUAUAUGGACAGCAUUAUCUAUUGAAGCAUUGUAAAGAUUUCAUAGAACAAGACCACAUUAAAUCCAACAAAGAAAUUUAUAUGAGCUUAAAUCGACUGAUAUCUCUAUAUGGCCUUUGGUCUUUGGAUAAACAUACUUCCAUUUUAUACCAAGGAGGAUAUAUGCAAGGUGAAACCCCUGCAAUUCUAUUAAAAACAUCUAUAAUAGAAUUAUGUGCACUUAUUAAAAAAGAUGCAGUAGGCUUAGUCGAUGCAAUUGCUCCUACUGACUUUUUUGUGAAUAGUGUUUUGGGAAUGUCCGAUGGACAGGUUUAUAAAAAUUUACAAUCGAAAAUGAUGCAAGCUGAAAAUGCUUUGACGAGACCAGAUUGGUGGCAAGACAUAACAGAUUGGAAGAGUUAUGCUGGCUCCAAAUUAUAAAUUGGUAGUUAAGAGAAAGCAAUAAGCAACAAUUUAAAUGAUUGGCUGUGAAUCAGAGUUCAUACUAAAACAAUCGAAAUAUAUACAAAAUAGACUGAAAUAUCAAUAAUCAUUGUUAAUAUAAUGGUAAAGGUUGUU